UACUCAGGCAAAGCAAAUAAGAGGUUGUGAUAAAGACUAAACAAAGCCAAAGUUCAUUUGCUCUGAUCAGACUUCUUAAAUAAGGAUGUUUCACUCUGUCCAACCUGUGUUUUGCUGUUGGUGCUUCCACCAGGAGAAGUUCACAAUGAUACGUGCAGCUGUCGCUAUCUGGAUCUUAUCAGCAGUGAUCUGCGUGGGGAGAGGCCAUCACCACGAUCAUGGUAACCAUAGUCACCAUGGUGGAGCAGAUCAAGACACUGCACAGGAUGGCGGUGCCAACACCUUCCUUCAGGUGACGUCAGCAAACAAAGACUUUGCCUACCGUCUGUACAGGAAAUUGGCAGCUCAUGCCGACUCUGAAGGCAAGAAUAUCUUCUUCUCCCCGAGUAGUGUCUCCGUUGCCUUGGCUGCCUUGUCCGUAGGAGCACGGGGGGAGACCCACCAUCAGCUUUUUAGGGGUCUGGGUUUCAACGACUCCUUACUGACGCAGACAGAUGUAGAUCAGUCCUUCCAGAAGCUCCUUAAAAAGACCAACGACACAUCUCAGGACAUCAGUGAAGGCACCGCUGUAUUUGUGGACCACAAGUUCAAGGCAAAGGCCGACUUCCUGGAGACAUUGAUGCAGUCCUACCUUGCAGAUGGGUUCAGUGUUGACUUCAGCGAGACCACAGAUAGUGCCAAUACCAUCAAUAAGUACGUAGAGGAUAAGACCAAUGGGAAGAUAGACAAGCUGGUCGAAGGUCUGGAUGAAAGCACAGUCAUGUAUCUCAUCAGCUACAUCUACUACAAAGGAAAGUGGGCGACUCCAUUCGAUCCCCAUCUCACCAGGGAAGACCUGUUCAUGGUGGAUGAGAACACCAAGGUUUCGGUCCAGAUGAUGUAUAAGCAGAGGCGUUUUGAUACCUAUUACGACAGGGCAAUUAACACAUCAGUCCUGCACCUGCCCUUCAACAGCUCUUACUCCAUGCUGCUGUUGUUACCUGAUGACAUGUCAACUCUGGAGAAUGCCAUUAGCCAGGCCCACGUCACCAAAUGGUCCAAGUGGAUGACGUCCAGUACACAUGAGGUAUUUAUUCCAAAGUUCUCCAUCAAGACUUCCUACAAACUGAAUGGUGUGUUGAAGGAAAUGGGAAUGACGGACAUGUUCGGUGAAAGUGCAGAUUUGAGUGGCAUUUCAGAUGGGAAUCGACUCUCAGUCUCUGAAGUUGUUCACCAAGCUACCCUGGAUGUCGAUGAGGCCGGAGCCACCGCUGCAGCCGCCACAGGCGUUGGCAUAAUGCUUCUGUCCUUCCGCCACAUUCCUGUCUUGAAGUUCAAUCGUCCAUUUAUGGUUAUCAUCACUGAACGCAACACAAAACAAAUUCUCUUCAUGGGCAAGAUUAUAAACCCAAACAUCUGAUACAACAGGUAUUUUAUGUCUGCUCAGGCAUUGCUGUUGAGUCACAUAUAAAAUGCAGAGCAAAUUAAAACUCUUUCUUUGUCCUCC